CUAGAUAAAAGGACGACUGAUGGGCAUUUAUAUUGUAAAGGACCUACCAUGAAGUUCGUAAUCGCGUUCCUGUGUCUUUUCAGCUGCGUUCUUGCUGAACGUGCGAGACAAGAUAUCAAGAUUGCCGGUGGUCAACCUGCAGUUGCAGGGCAAUUCCCAUGGCUUGUGAGCAUCGAAGCCACUAACUUCCAGGAGAGUUGGCCUUUGUGCGGAGGCACUCUCAUCAGCUCCGAAUGGGUCCUAACUGCCGCACACUGCCUGGACUCUGAAAAGCCCGAAUGGCUCUGGGUGAUAUCAGGUGAGGUCGAUCGAAAUCUCAACGAAGGUUCUGAACAGUAUCUGUAUGUGGAUUAUUUCAUCCAGCACCCCGACUAUAUCUAUUGGCAGACUCCUUACCUAAACGACGUGGGCCUCAUUCACCUUUCGACCCCUGCAAUUCUUGACUCCUAUACAAAUCUGCCUCCCUUGCCAACUAGUCCUGCUCCUCUCACGGGUCCAUGCUGGGAGGCAGGGUGGGGCGCUACAGCUGAAACUGCGCCAGGCUCAGAUAAGUUACUGUGGGCGGAAAUUGACCUCUUAGCCUCGACUCAGUGCGAAGCGGCGUACAACUCUGCCCCUGAUCCAAAUGCCGUAUGUGCCGGGAAUGUUGCUGGUGGAGCCGGCGCUUGCGUGGGAGACAAUGGCGGCGGGCUGGUGUGUCUGGACGGAGAUGGUUAUGUUAUAGUGGGUGGCAUUAUGUCCUGGCGAGAGGGAUGUGCUCAGCCAGGCAAACCAGCCGUGUAUAUGGAUAUUUAUAAGUACAGCGACUGGAUCAUUGGUGCGAUCCAGUCUUCAGGAAAAUAAACGAAUGUUUUACAGCUGUCGAAAAUGUUCUUCUUUUGCGCAUGUUUUAGGAUGUUGCAUGGAAAUAAAAAUGUUCAACUCUUUC